AUGACACCCCAACAACCCUUCGAUCUCCCUCAGAUAGGUUCCCCAUCCUUCACCCCUCUACUCCUCCGCUAUGUCCUCGCUCAUCCUUCCCUCGGUGGUUGGCCCAUCAACCCGUCCUUGUUCUCUGUGCUGCUACUAGCCAUGAUAGUCAGAAAAGGAGGCGCGGUGAUAGAUACCGGCAAAAGGGACGUAGAUAACCUCGUACGAGUCAUACAACACAUGAUUAAGUUGAUAUUCGAUUUAAGAGUAUAUCAUCUAUCACUUGAUGAACACUCUGGAUUGGAACAUCUGGAAAACAACUUAUCCCAUCAAGUUUCGAAACCGAAUAGUCCGUUGCUUGAUCGUAAAUAUGAAGAUGACGAACGGUCUCAUAAACAGGCGCAAAGACAUAAAGAGACUGAGGAUGAGAUAGAAGUGCUGGUAAUAACUGGGCUAGAGAACGCCAGUAGUCCUGUGAGAGUGAAGCUGGCAGAAAUUAUGACUAAGAAGCGUAUAAGAGUAUCGCAUGGUCAGAAGAAUGAGGGGGAUGUGACAGGAGACGGAUCAGAAAGAAAGUUCAAUCCGCUCAUCAUUUGGGUACGGGUGGAAGGGAAGGAAGUACCGUCUUGGAUGAUCGAUCAUUUCAUGCUGGGACUCAAUAUCGAUUCGGAGGAAAUUGAACCACCUCCAUCUGAUCUGAACUAUCCUCCGAGUGGAGAAGGUAUAUUACCUAAGACUUAUAUCAACCAACUCGCAUCUUUACUACCUUUUGUACACACACAUGCCCCGCUAAAGAUACACAUGAGCAAUCUCCUUUCUGCCGUUUCCUCCCAUCCGGGAUUACGAACCGCCAUGACUGGGAGGUCAACAAGACGUUUUGGCGAAUACAUUCAAGCCCAUAGACUGUUGAGUGGAUCAUUCACUGUACCGUAUACGUUUCUCGAAAACUCGUCCACCCAACACAGAGACGGAGAAGAUUCAAUGAAAGGGAAAGGACUGGGAGGAGGCAUAGGCGGAGUGGAUACUUGGGCUGAAAUGGCGGGUGAAGAACCUUCUCUGACGAAAUUUGCUAGUGAGACUGAAGGAGAUGUAGAAGAUGUGUAUUGUACGCCGGCUAAUGUCGAGGGUGUAUGGAAGGUAUUUGUGGGGCAUCGAUGCAGAAGGAGAGAGGAGAGAGAGGAAGUGAUGUGGUUGAUCAAAGGAUCUGCUGUAGAUGGGGAUGAGACGAGUAUGAGGAAGAGCGGAAAUAGAAGAGGGUCAGAUAAGAUCUUAGAUGAGAUUCUGAGGACUGUGUAA